AAUUUAGCAUUUUUGAUAGGUAAAAUCUUAAAAUCGGCCAUAAUCUUGAAUUCAGAAUUUUGGAAAGCUAAAAUCUUGACAUCAUCCAAAAUCUCGAAUUCAGGAUUUUGGAAAGCUAAAACCUUCAAAUCCGCCAGAAUCUUGAAUUCAGGAUUUUGGAAAGCUAAGAUCUUGAAAUCGGCCAUAAUCUUGAAUUCAGGAUUUUUUAAAGCUAAAAUCUUGAAAUCCGCCAAAAUCUUAAACUCAGGAUUUUGGAAAGCUAAAAUCUUGAAAUCGGCCAAAAUCUUAAAUUCAGUAUUUUGAAAAGCUAAAAUCUUAUAAUGGGCAAAAUCUUGAAUUCUGGAUUUUGGAAAGCUAGGAUCUUGAAAUGGGCAAAAUCUUGAAUUCUUUAUUUUCCAAAGCUAAAAUCUUGAAAUCGGCCAAAAUCUUGAAUUCAGGAUUUUGGAAAGCUAAAAUCUUGAAUUCGGCCAAAAUUUUGAAUUGAGUAUUUUGGAAAGCUAAAGACUUGAAAUCGGCCAAAAUAUUGAAUUCAGGAUUUUCGAAAGCUAAAAUCUUGAAAUCGGCCAUAUUCUUGAAUUCAGGAUUUUUGAAAGCUAAAACCUUCAAAUCGGCCAAAAUCUUAAAUUCAGGAUUUUGGAAAGCUAAAGUCUUGAAAACGGCCAAAACCUUGAAUUUAGGAUUUUGGAAAGCUAAAAUUUUGAAAUCGGCCAAAAUUUUGACUUGAGGAUUUUGGAAUGCUAAAAUCUUGAAAUCGGCCAAAAUCUUGAAUUCAGGAUUUUGGAAAACUGCGAUUUUGAAAUGGCACAAACUCUUGAAUUCAGGAUUUUGGAAAGCUAGGAUCUUGAAAUGGGCAAAAUCUUGAAUUCUGGAUUUUGCGAGGCUAAAAUCCUGAAAUCGCCCAAAAUCUUGAAUACAGGAUUUUGGAAAGCUAAAAUCUUGAAAUUGGCCAAAAUCUUGAAUUCAGGAUUUUGGAAAGCUAAAAUCUUGAAAUCGGCCAUAAUCUUGAAUUCAGGAUUUUUUAAAGCUAAAAUCUUGAAAUUGGCCAAAAUCUUGAAUUCAGGACUUUGGAAAGCUAAAAUCUUGAAUUGGGCAAAAAUCUUGAAUUCAGGAUUUUCCAAAGCUAAGAUUUGGAAAACGCAGAAAAUCUUGAAUUCACGAUUUUCGAAAGCUAAAAUCUUA